AGAGGUGCCACAUAGUUACACAAUGUGUCAUGAUUUGCCACCCAUGCAAAUCAGCAGCGGUGGCAUCGGAAAUGGACCGUACCAAGAAGGGGAGGUGAGGGGGGCGCAGUGGAGGAAAGAAGCCUCAGCAGGGGUUUUGUCCUAAAAAUUAAAAAAGAUAAACAUCUGAUAGGAACACUGAAAUUCAUCUUAUUUUUUCCAACCAGUAGUGAAUGAGUGUGUUGAGUGGCUGACUUUCGUGCGUAUUUACGCGCGCCUCUGGAAGAACGCACCCCCCUCCGGUGAGAGCCACAGUGUCCGAGGCGCUGUCAUCCUUCUUUGCUGCCCUUUUUUCCGCUUUUUUUUCUCCCUCCUUUGGAGAGGAGAAGUUGGAGAGAGGGGGAUGAGAGUGCGAUGAUGCAGCUGAAGAGCGCGGAUGCAGCGGCCGCGUACUACCACGGCGCAGAGUACUGCAGACAUUACACCUCACCGCCCGUCAGCUACGGCGGCAGCAGCCAUUAUCUUGCCCGACUGCCAGGCCCAGAGAACAUGUUGAAGCCUCCUCUGAGUCUCUUCCGUCAUCCCCAGCAGCCUUUCCAACACAUGGACUCGCUGCACCAGCUGGGACCUCCACCGAUGGCGCCUAUGCAGCCUCUCGGGCCCCCACCCAUCUCCCCUGCUCAGGCAAUUGGACCCCCAACUAUGGCGCCCACGCAGACUCUAGGGCCCCCUCCCAUAAGUGCUACUCACACAUUAAGGCCCCCACCACCACACAGCUUAGGCCCCCCUCCAAUGGGCCCAGCUCAGCCACUGGGGCCUCCACCGAUGCCACACGCCUUGGGGCCCCCACCUGUAGAUCACACACAAGCGAUAGUGCCUCCAACCAUGGACCUCACGCUGCCGUUGGGGCCUCCGCCUCUGAACCCCGCACAAGCACGGGUGCCCCCUCCCGCGGUGGCGCCCGGAGCCGGCAGGUUCCCCCUCCCUCCCAGCCCUCUGUCCUCCCCACCUGCUCCGGGCCCAGACCCUUCACAGCUGCACCCACGGCCCCCGGGAUCCGCCCUCAUCCCUUCCCCGGUGGCGGGCCACAUCCCUGGUCGUCUUCCGGGUCAGGCGGCCCCAGUCGGUGAGCAGCCCCGGGACGGGGGCUCUCCGCCGGGGGUGGAGGAGCAGGAGGACUCUCUGGGCCUGGAGGAACUGUGCAAACCGCUGUACUGUAAACUCUGCAAUGUUACCCUCAACUCCGCUCAGCAGGCGCAGGCUCACUACCAGGGGAAGAACCACGGUAAAAAAUUGAGAAAUUUCUACGCGGGCAGUCAACAGCCACCAGCCACUAGGAUCCCAGAGGUCCUUGACGCGGCGGGUCAGACGGCCCUCAACUCAGGAUCCAGCGACAGUGACGCAGGCAGACAGGCGCUGUACAAGGGGGCGACCCGCGUCAUCCUGGCCACGGAGAACGACUACUGCAAGCUGUGCGACGCCUCCUUCAGCUCGCCCGCAGUCGCACAGGCCCACUACCAGGGCAAGAACCACGGCAAGAAACUGCGGCUCGCCGAGGCCCUGCAGAAUUCCAAUAACCACAUGGAAGGCAACAACGAGGCGGCCCCGAGAAGAAACAGGAAAGAUGGCAGCGAGUACAAACUGGUGAAAAACCGCCGCAGUCCACAGCUACCUGCCUCCAUGCCAGGGCCGUACUACAACCCCAGGCCGCGGCAGCGCAUCCCCCGGGACCUGGCCAUGUGCGUGACUCCCAGCGGACAGUUCUACUGCUCCAUGUGCAACUGCGGAGCCGAGCAGGAGACGGACUUCCGGCAGCAUCUGGAGAGCAAGCAGCACAAAGCCAAAGUGUCGGAGCUGCGAUACCGCCACGAGAUGGAGAACCUCGGCUACAGCUAAGGGACGUGUGACGGGAUGGGGGGGCGGCGGGUAAGAGGAGGGACGGAGAAGGUGCCGGUGGCGAGUACCGUCCCGUGGCGAAGGGGCUUAUUUAGAGGGAUCGCACGCUCGGCCGCAUGAAUCUAGGAUUGGAUUUGAUUAAUCUGUACGAUGUCAGCGUCGCACUCUUAUCUUGAGGAACAAACCAGUGCAACAUUUGAGUUUUUAUGACAGGGGGCUGGAACCGUGGAAGGAAAUAAACCUCAACCUGUCGUUUCUCUGCAGCUUUCCGUCCAAGGUGACGCGGAACACGGGGCGAAUGCAAAAAUACGGAAGAAACAAUAACAGGAGAGAGGAAUUGUUGGUGAAAGUAAAAAAAAAAGAAAGAAAACAAACGCUCUGAGUCGGAACAGAUCUCGCCCUGCAAGUGUGAGGAAGCCCUGCAGGUGCGCUUAUUUAUCUUUUUACACUUAGCGACCGCAGGGCACAAAGGAGCAAAUUCAACCUUUUAUAACCUGACACGGGCAAAUCAAAUCCAAAGUACUAUUUGCUCAUUUAAAAAAAUUUAAAAAUAAAUAAACCAACUAAACAAAGCACAAUGAGAAUCAUCUGGCAGAAGCUGUUUCAGGCCUCAGCCAACCUCUUACCUACUUACUGGCCCCUUUGGCGGCUGUCAGGCUAAAGGCUUGAGCCCCCGGCCGUGGCUGCGUCCGUGCCUUCAGGGGGAGCGAGGCUAUGGAGACUCCACCUUGGGAUAGCCGUCUGGCAAAUACAGUACAAAACAAAUCCACGGUAAUUAAUUGGAUUUUUCGAUAUCCGCGCGCAUCAUCUUUUCUCUUCUUGUAGGUACGUCGAAGGAGUCUCGUGUAAAUAUCCUCAAAAUUGAAUCAUAGCUAUAAAUAUGCCGUACGUGAACACUUAUUGUUUUUAACGUUGGCCUAGUGUAUAUUGGGAAAUACUCAUCAUAAUCUAUUUAAUAAUACUUAUCAGGAACCCUGUACAAAGUGUGUGCACUGGAUGAGUGUGUGCCUAUGGGCCCCCGUGUGUUCGCGUCCGCACCGCUCCGAUGGUGCCUUUCGUCUGCAGUGAAAAGAAGCUGCUGGUGUCAUCUUGUUUUUUUACUUUAUUCCCUUGGACAGGAGAAGCUAUUUGUGAAGCUGCCACUGAGCGGGAAAAAAAGAUAGAAUAGAAGAAGAAGAAGAAAGAGCCAAACGGAGAGAGAUGUGCGGGACGCGUCGGAAAACUCACAGUCCUUUCGACCUCUAAUGGGAUUUUUCCAAACGAACGCGUGCCCGGGCGGGAACUGGUGAAUGUUUCUCCUGGUUCGGAAAAAGACAUGUCAAGUUAAUUGUCCCCCAAUCAGUCUCGAUGCCCAGACGGCGACGUGACGUGACCAGGUCGGACACUGAAGUGUGAAGGGGGAUCAGGGGGUUUUCAGACAAAUGUUGUUGUUGUUGUUGUUGUUGUUGUUUGUUUUGUUACCCGGGAUGAACCAGGUCCCAGUUGUUUUAACAUCCGGUUGUUUAACAUCCUGAGAAGGAAACAGUUUGGUCAUUUGGAUCAAAUUCGAUUCUCUGUUCUAGUUGAGUGACGCUGAGCUGAACACGGUGCAGUCACAAGACCUCGGAGGUGACGGACUCACGCAUUACAUGAGAAAAAACAUAAGUGUGUACUGUGCCUUGAACUCAACUGCGUUCACAGAUAACAGUUAAAUAAUAUAUAUAUUUAUCUUGUCUUUUAAAUAGGUAUUUACAAAUUGAUGAUUCUUUAAUCCUUUAUAUAGACAAAAGAGAUCUUAUGUAGCAGUUGAAAAUAUUUUCCAUCUAUAGACUUUCAGAUGCCCACAUGUUUUAGCGUAUACAAGAGCAGCGUAACACACACACGCACACACACACACACACACCAGACACACACACAUACACACACACACACACGCACACACACACACACGCACACACACACAUACACACACACACGCGCGCACACACACACACGCACACACACACACACCAGACACACACACACACACACACACACGCACACACACACACACACACAUACACGCACACACACACACACACACACACACACAAACUCGAAGGCCUGAUCGGGUCACAUCACACAUCUGGAUGUGUUGUAAAGGGAAAUGAAAGCAGCAUCCAGCCUUUCUCUGUGGUGGGUCGAGUUGAACAGCUGUUUACGUCUCGUCCCUAGAGCACACACACACACACACACACACGCACACACACCAGAUAACACAUAGGGACACUCAGGAGAAUAGCACUGUGAGGGUGAGGGUAUACACUGUGGCGUUGAGGGAUUUAAACAUGGCAGAGAGGGGAAACCGAGGGGGCAUGUGAAAAAACAAAAAAUUGCUCUGCGGUUUUCACAUCAGCCCACCGAGCUGUUGGGGUUCAAAUCCGAACGGUCGAAGGAGGAGCUGAUGGAAGCAGAGCUGAGGCACAGAUCGUCCCAUCAGAUGGAGUUGCAGUCUGUUAAUAGCACUCGUCCAGCUCCUAGAAGUAACACGCUUUUGUCUUACGUGAAAGCACUGUGCUCGCACAACCUCCCAUUACAAGGCCGCGGAUCACCGUCGGCAAGCGCAUGAGACACACGCGGUCUCCGUGGGGGCGCCGUGUUUUCCCCCGUGCUUUGUUUUUCUUCUCUUUCUCCUCUCUUCCGGGACCCAGACUUUACCUCCUUGAGGGGACGCAAUGACGAAGUCGCCGGCCAGUAGAUCGGCUGACAGACUCACAGGCCGUGAGGGGGGAGAGGGUCCCUCAGAGAACCUCCGCUAUCUUUGUAAAAAAUGCAUAGUUCAGUCUCUCAACCAAUGUCUUCAGGCAGUUUUUUGAUUGAUGUUGUGACACUGAUUACUUACGAACAAACCAAAAACGGUCAAUACCAGGCUUUCCAGGGCCCCCAUCACCCUUGGGCCCCGGGUACAGUCUGUACGCCCGUGUCUGUGGAUCCCCACACAGCAGCGGUUCCCUCGAACGCCUCGCAGGUCGAGUCCCUGAGUGUGAAACCCGAUUGAUCAGCAGCUCGAGGAAAAGAUUGAUUUUUUUCCUUUGUGAGAUUCAUUCGGCCGAGCUGCCGCCGGGCCCCCGGCGCCGAAUAUACCCGCUUUUGAAAUAUUUAUCUUUCUAAAUCAACGCUGUGCUCAACGGGGUGCACAGGGGUGCGUGUUUCAGGGGGGCAUUAGUCACAGGAAAGUCAUAAAACAUAACAGGAUUUUCUUUCUGUUUCAAAGAUCACCGGCCCUCCGUUACAGCAAACCGUAUGGGCAAGGACACUGGAGGGGCCGCAAGAUUACAUUUAUAUUUAUGAGCCUCUUAUGAUCAUAUGGUAAGCGUUUCAAACGGAAAAACCCUAAUGGCAUCUUUUUAAAAACACGGUUAUUUCACUCGUUUCAAAGAAAGAACCUUGAACCCGACAGGCUUUAAUUUAAGAGCCAGAAAUCAUAUUCUAAACAAGUUUUUUUUAAUUUUAAAAUGAAUGGAGUAAACUGCUCUUUUUUCAUGCACAACUCCUUUUUGGUUGGAUAUUGUUGCUGUGAAACACACUAUUCAGAAAAAAAAUAAUAAUCAAGAAACCACUGUGGAAAAAUAAAGGUAUCAAUAAGAAGAUUCGGCCAAUAUCAGAUGAGCGGGUUGAAUAUAGUUUUUGGCAUUCAGCACUUUACUUAUUUCCUGAUAUUCAACACUGUCGAUCGCAUCAAUGCUCAUAACCGCUCCGUUUGGUCGUUGUUAAAAUGUUUAAAUGGUUCAAAUACCCGAGGUAGGACUUCUGUUUGUUUUACUCCAAACUGUGUUUACUCACGAUCGGUGACCAGAAUAUAUUAUUAUUGGUUCCACUGUUAUUAGCCAACGCUGUUUCAUGAGCUCUGAUGUGUUUCAGCACCACGCGUUCAUCAGUUCAACUCCAGUGCUUUAGCCGUACGGGACGGAGAAAUAGUACAUCUUGUAUCCGGUUCAAUUUUUAGCACGUCAGCAUCAAGAACUGCUCCCAUGUUUUUCUACCGCUGAGAGAGAAUAUUGCAGUGAGUCUGAGAAAUGUUUGUAGUGUGAGGUUUAUAUACGACUGGUCGGUUGGAAAAUGUGCGUCUGCUGUGAUGAAUCUACGAAAAAAGGGCAUUGGUCAGUUUGCACCGAUUAUUAGUAAAAAAAAGGGCACUGUUGUUAUGAAGAAAGUUGAGCUACCGUAUGUUGUUCAUUUUGAAAUGAACGCAAGUUUGUUACCAUUGUGGUUAUUAUUUCGCCUCUCGAUGUGUUUUAUCCUUAAUGUUUACAAGGUGGGAAGUGGAACGCUGCUGUUGGAUGAGCGUCAUUUCUGUGAUUCAGUGCGUCUAUCCGUGCGCUGCGCUGUCGGACUGAUCGCACCAGGGUGGACGGGCAACACUGUGAGGCGACGUGGAAGAAAACGACUCCAUAAUCUGCAAAAUAUGAUGUCGAAAGAAAAAUUCGACACCUCUGUGAUCUGCGUUUGACUAAACAAAUAGGUGACAGACCUUGUGAAGUCAUUAAAGGACACAACUUUAAUGUGGACGUGUGUUUCGAGCUUCAUACUUCUAAAUCUUAAUCAGGGCAGAUCUCCCAAAAUGUCUAAAAUAAUAUUGUAAAAUAUUGCAUGUGUGCGGCAGCUACAAUGGUUUCUAGCGGUGUACCUCAUUAACAAUAAUUUGGAUUGGGUUACGCUUGCCUCAAGUGAAAGCCCUUGUAUCCUGGUAUGCGGACGAUAGACUGUGGAUAAAAAAAAAUGGACGACACGUCUCAGCUUCCUCCUGUUGAACAAAAAAAAUGAAGCCAAAAGCACCCGUUCCUGCCGGUGCACGCUCUCGACCAAUCGCUAGUCAGUCUCAGCUGUCAAUCACUUUUUUAUAGCAUCAAAUAACUGAUUGAAACCAAACUCACUGGCACCAUGAACGCUUGAACGUGCACCAGUUUGAUCAGAGCUACUUAAAAUUACAGAAGCCGUCUUUGGACAAAAGUUUACUUUUCUAGCGGCAUCUGGUGGUAAAGUUGAAAACCGCAACCAACUGAGCACCCGACAGGGGACACUUUAUGGUGGCGCACCGCUGAUUUCAUUUUUGGUUUUCCAGCAGCGUCUGAAAAAAUUCUACACGCACGUGACCCGUUUUGUGCAACAACCGUAUUCAACACGACGUAGCAAACAUGGCGACUCACACGGAGGUCGGGUCCACCUCAUGGAACUAUAUUUAACUCCUUCAGAGUUGACGAAAAAAACUUUGGUUAUUUGCUGCAGGAGAUUAUACAUAUUUGAACAUAAAGUCAUGGAAAUUAUAUUCAAUUUCUGCCAAUACGUUCUUCUAAAUAUUACACACUGUAGCUUUAACGUGUACUCAAAACAUGGAGGAGGCGGGGCUUAUGACAGAUAUCGCAGCCAGGCACCAGGGGGGAUUGAGAUGUUUUGGCUUCACUUUUUUUUGGAGCUGUCAUGUCGUCUACAUCGUUUAUGUACAGUCUAUGGUGCGCCGCUGUACACUGACAGAUUUCAGGAGCCCACCCUACUGCCAGGGGCCCCAAACCCCCUUAGCAGCGCCCCUGCAGGAAAGUAUAUAUAGUCGUGUACUCUCUGUGGAAUAAAAACCUCAGCACACUUUCAGUGCCUCUGAAACAACGUUGCCAAUACACCACUCACUCACUCACUGAACGGAUGACAGACACACUGAUUUCUGAGGCUGUGUAUAUGUGUGUAUAUGUGUGUGUGUGUGUGUGUGUUUUCUGACCGACGAAUAAACAUGCAGAUGAUAUAAACGAC